UCGUCGCGAGCUUUCCAGAAAAUCCAGGGGAUCCUCGAAUUCCGAGCCUCGUCGACGACCAAACCUUCGCACGCCGCUCCGCUAAGAGGCGUAUUCGAAUGCACAUGCGCCAGUUUGACCACAUCCUCCAACUGCCUCAGCACAACCCCGGAUGCUUGAUGUAAGAAGUGUUUGAAUCACCACGCAGCUUCACUGAAGCUUGAAUUACCCGUCAGCCCGCUCUGUUGGCUCUAGGGGGCGCUGAAAACGCAACGAUGGUGGUGUAUGCCUUGAUAAUCAUAAAUAAAGCUGGUGGAUUAAUAUACCAGCGAGAUUUCGCAGAAGGGUUGAAUAAACUGUCUAUCAACGAUUACCUCGUGCUUGCUGGCACCUUUCAUGGCGUACAUGCGAUAAGCACACGUCUCAACCCUUUGCACUCCUCCACCGCGCGCUCCUCCACGGACUCCCGUCCCGAGCCACCCUCUGGGAUUGAGGUCCUCGAGACCGAGAACUUCCGACUACAAUGCUUCAGCACGCUCACUGGAACCAAGUUCCUGUUAUUCACUGAGCCAGACCAGCCAAAUGUGGAUGCGAUCAUCCGGAGGAUUUAUGAGCUGUAUGCGGACUACGUGAUGAAGAAUCCCUUCUAUCAAAUUGAAAUGCCAAUUCGGUGUGAGGUAUUCGAUAGGAGGCUGGGGCAGUACUUGAGGCCGUUGAAUAGCCGGUGAUUUGGGGCAUUGCUGGACGGAAGGAAUAAUAGUCGGACCCCGAGGAAUUGAAGCGUUCCUGGUUCC